UUUAUCAAAAUGGAGGAGAGCGAACUGCGUAAACUGCUGCGAACAAAGAAUGGGUGCCGUGUCCCUGCGAUGCCCCCAGUGCCCGAUGUCAAUGUGAUGAACAAACUACCCUUCACGCCUAUUCCGCAUUACAACAGACUCAGGGAAAAGCAGCAGAAAUUCCGGCAAGUUCUUGAAGAAAGAGCGACACAAAGGAAAGUGGAGAUAGCCAAGCCGCCGCUACAACGUCGCGAGCGCGACCGCCUCGAGAUAGCGCAGGAGCGCCACAUCGCUGUCAUCCGCGAGUGCGCCGAGAAGACCAAACCACCAAGCAUGCUCAAAACGUGGGAACGAAAAAUCAUGAGUCUAGUUCCACCUAAACUCCUAGAACCGUACCCGACCGUCACCGAAGCCGUCAUCAGGGACAGUAAAGAAGAGUGGGACAGAAACCUACAUGAGCUGGCUGUUCGAACUGUCAUUCGCGAUAUCCCUGGCGUCCCACGUAAGAGAUACGUAGAACCUUUCUUUAAAUAUAAUGGUAUCACUCCCAACUACGAAAGAAUGAUGAAAUUCCGAAAGAAACUUCAAGAUGGAUCUCUACUAUUCCAUCCAUUUAUCAGACUCAUUAUAGAAUCUGCAGAAAGAAUGUUCCCAGAGUUUAUAAUCAAUUUAGCCAAAUUUCGAGCUAAUGGCCCUAUUCCGUUGCCGGACUUUGAGUCUAAAAUAAUGGAUCAAAUCAGACGUGCGGACCAUCUCGUUUCUAGUACCUGGUUUGGGGUUCUUGUUCAAUGGCUAAAAAACCCUAGAUGUCUAAGAGGUAUGCGUCCCAAGAAAAUACCUGACUUCAUCAGAUGUGCUACCAAGUUAAUAUCAAUGCAAAUUCAGGAACUGAUGCGCAGGUCUAUCAACGCAAUAAUAUCGGCGAUGUUAAAUCCGGAUCAAGUCCCCAUUUUGAAUUUAGAUCUGGACUUUGUAGAAGAAUUUGAGUAUGAUAAAACUUUACAAAUUGUAUAUGAAACAUUUCAUAAUAUAGCCGAUGCUAUAUCCACCAUUGCGCAAAGGCUAAUGCCAAUAGAAGAAUACCUAAGAGUACCCUAUGUGAACGAUUGUCUACCAGUUAAAUACAACGAUUGGCUUUACAAUGAUGGUCACGAGAGACUGCAGCAAGCACUUGAUGGAGUGUUUGCGCCACUCAUUGCAUACCAGGAGCAUCUACGUGAACACUACAACAUGCUUUAUGGAGUUUCGGCAAGAGAAGCUUUAGAGGCAUUUAUUGCAAAGCAACACGAGUUCGAAAUUGGACGGACAAAGAUACUGUACUUCCAAAACAUAGGUUACGAUAUAACUGCAAUGCUUGAAAAUGAAUAUUUCAACUGUGCAGUCGUCUGUCAGCUUAGGAUGAUCGAUGGCUUAAAACGCAGAGUUUCUAAUUUUGUUAACUCCAUAAUAGCAGGAAUAGUAAAGACUCACAUGGAAGAGAAUGACAAUAUUUGCGCAGAAUUUGAAGAAAUAGCAGCAAAGGCUCUUAAAGAUCCGGCAAACGCCGCUGAACUAGUAGAACAAGGCAACUAUAUAUUAUAUGCAAAAACAAUUCUAGUCGAAAUUUUGAAAGGAAGAAUCAUGCGGCAAAUUAAUAUCGUUUCCAAUCUCUUGGAGUUAACGGAACUAUCUGAAGAACACGUAGAAUCGAAUACACGUACAGUCAAUUGGCUUAAAAAAAUUAAACCAAUAUUCGACAAAAAUGCUGCCGCCUACGAGCAACAUAAAGCAGAAAUGGAAGAAAACCUCUUAGCAAAGAUAGCUUUCCUCAAUAAGGAAGUCAAAGAAAUGGCACCUUUUUUAGAGCUUUUAGAUUACAUGGAUGAUGUUGACCAUACACUUGAAUAUUUGGAAUAUUUAAGAAAACUGGUACACCGUUUGCAUGAUUGUGACGCCUUAGUGGCUUGGAUUAAUAACGAAGAAGCUACUUUUAAAUUUCCUAUUACUCACUAUCCGGACUUAGAAGAGUUAAAGGAGUAUAUUAUACCUUUCCACAGUCUCGUACAUCUCGUCCAUCGAUGGAAACGCAGUUACUUUACGUGGAUGGAUGGUCCUUUCGAAUAUAUGGAUCAUAAUCAAAUAGAAUAUGAUCAUGAUUUUUACUACAAAGAAUUUUUAAAGAUUUCAAAAAAUUAUAGAAAUAAAAUUAAACAGCAAAUUGCUGAAGGAGUAGAAAAGCGAUUUGCAGGGCUGGUAGAAGAUCUUGAUGUUAACAUGCAACCUGCGCCUAUGAAAUUAUGCGCUCAAGCUAUAGCCGAAUUAAAAGAGUGGAGACCUAACGUUCAAAUGGCACACAUAAUGUGUAAUAGAGCACUUAUGCAAAGGCACUGGGACGAGAUGACGCUCAUCGCUGGAUUUGAUUUAACUCCCACUGCGGGCACAACCUUGCGAAAGAUUAUUGAUUUUGAUUUAUGGGAUAAAAUUGACGAAUAUGAAAUCAUUAGCGUUGCUGCUACUAAAGAAUUAGCUCUAAUAACAAACUUAAAUAAAAUGAUAGCUGAAUGGGCUGACAUUUGUUUCAAAACAAGCCCUUACAAAGAUACCGGUAUUAAUAUUCUAUCUGGAUUGGAUGAUAUACAAAGCAUAUUGGAUGACCACAUUGUUAAAACAAUUGGCAUGCGCGGAUCAGCAUUUGUAAAACCCUUCGAAACACAAGUCAGAACGUGGUACGAAAAGAUAGUAAGGGUCAAUGCAACCAUUGAUGAAUGGGGCAAAGUACAAAGCCAAUGGUUGUAUUUACUACCAAUUUUCUCUUCUAAAGACAUUGUUGCUCAAAUGCCCGAGGAAGGAGUUAUGUUUGUAGAAGUUAACAACAUCUACCGCAGGUACAUGGGUUCUGUGGAAAAAGAUCCUCAUGCCCUUGAUAUUGCUGGAGCCUCUGGGGUUUUGGAGCAGUUUAAAAUUGCGACUGCAUUGUUGGAGAAAAUAAACGAUGGUGUUAAUAACUAUCUUGAGAGAAAGCGGUUAUACUUCCCAAGAUUCUUCUUUCUAUCGAAUGAUGAAAUGCUGGAAAUAUUAUCGGAAACGAAGAAUCCCCUCAAAGUUCAGCCGCAUUUGAAAAAAUGUUUUGAAGGUAUAAAUAGAUUGGUAUUUGAUCCUGAUUUCUUUAUAUCUGCUAUGGUUUCGAUGGAGACCGAACAAAUUGAAUUCGUCGAACAAAUCAACGUUCAAGCUGCAAGGGGUUCAGUUGAGAAAUGGUUGGUCCAAGUUGAGGAUCAAAUGUUAAAAGCAGUUAGAUCUGAAACUGAGCUUUCUUAUUAUGACUACCCAACCUUACCUAGAGCAGAUUGGAUAUUGUCAUGGGAAGGUAUGGUGGUAUUAGCUGUAUCUCAAAUAUAUUGGGCUGUAGAUGUUCACGAAGCUCUAAACACUCAUAAACUGAGUAAUCUUCAAGCAUUUCAUAAAUCUUUGACUAAACAGUUAAAUGAAACAGUGGGCAUAGUUAGACGUCCGACCUUGUCAAAAUUAAGUAGCAUUACAGUGAAAGCUCUUAUCGUGAUCGACGUACAUGCAAAAGACGUGAUAAUGUACCUUGUCGGAAUGAAUGUGACUGAAGUUACGGACUUUCAGUGGCUGGCGCAACUGCGUUACUACUGGGAGGAAGAACGGGUCAAUGUGAAAAUCAUUAAUGCAAUCGUUAAAUUUGCGUAUGAAUAUUUAGGGAACUCUGAUAGAUUAGUCAUAACGCCUUUAACGGAUAGAUGUUAUCGUACUCUAGUCGGUGCUUAUUAUCUUCAUUUAAAUGGUGCACCUGAAGGCCCAGCGGGCACCGGUAAAACGGAAACCACAAAAGAUUUAGCAAAAGCCUUAGCCGUUCAGUGUGUUGUAUUUAAUUGUUCUGACGGCCUAGAUUAUAAAGCUAUGGGCAAAUUUUUCAAAGGAUUAGCAUCUUGUGGUGCUUGGGUGUGUUUUGAUGAAUUUAAUCGUAUAGACGUAGAGGUAUUAUCUGUCAUAGCUCAGCAAAUAUUAUGUAUCGUUCAAGCAGUAAGGCAGAAACUCGAAACAUUUUUGUUUGAAGGUACUACUUUGACUUUAAACCCUGCUUGUUACGUGUGUAUCACUAUGAAUCCUGGUUAUGCGGGUCGUUCUGAAUUGCCGGACAAUCUCAAGGUAUUAUUUCGAACUGUUGCUAUGAUGGUUCCCGAUUAUGCUAUGAUAGGUGAGAUCUCAUUAUACUCUUUUGGUUUCUUUGAUGCUCGUAAUCUAUCAGUUAAAAUAGUAACUACGUAUAGAUUAUGUUCGGAACAGUUGUCAUCACAAAAUCACUAUGAUUAUGGAAUGCGAGCUGUAAAAACUGUGCUUUCGGCAGCAGGUAAUCUAAAGCGCAGUUUUCCUAAUGAGAAUGAAAGUAUAUUGCUUUUGCGGUCUAUUACAGAUGUAAAUUUGCCUAAAUUUUUAUCGUUUGAUGUGCCAUUAUUUGAGGGCAUAAUAUCUGAUUUAUUUCCGGGUAUUGUUUUGCCUAAACCGGAUUAUGAAAAUUUGUUAAAUGCCUGCAAUGAAGUUUGUAAAAAUAAUAACUUACAAGCUGUAGAUUGCUUCUUACUUAAAGUGAUACAAACUUUUGAAAUGAUGAUUGUCAGACAUGGUUACAUGUUAGUAGGCGAUCCAUUCUCUGGAAAAUCAAUGACACUAAAAGUGUUAGCAGAGGCUCUUACCUUGAUGCAUGAAAGAAAUAUUCCUGGUGGGUGCGAAUGUAUGUUUAAAGUAUUAAAUCCAAAAGCUGUCACCAUGGGCCAAUUGUAUGGUGCAUUUGAUCCCAUAUCUUAUGAAUGGACUGAUGGCAUCGUAGCGACAAUGUUUCGCGACUUUACUACAGAAGACACUCCGGUUAGAAAAUGGAUAGUGUUUGAUGGUCCUGUAGAUGCAGUAUGGAUUGAAAACAUGAAUACUGUGCUAGAUGACAAUAAAAAACUAUGUCUAACUUCUGGUGAAGUCAUGGCAAUGUCAAAUGUUAUGUCUAUGAUUUUUGAAGUAAUGGAUUUGUCUCAAGCUUCCCCUGCAACAGUAUCCAGAUGUGGCAUGAUAUACAUGGAAUCUUCGUCUUUUGGUUUUGAACCAUUCUACAAAUCUUGGACGAAUACACUAAAUCCAAUAUGGUAUGAUGAGAACGAAGAAUAUAUUUUUACCAUGUGUGAAUGGCUGUUUGAACCUUUGAUUUAUUACGUUAGAAAGUAUUGCGGUCAACUCGUAACAGCUGGGGAAGUUAACUUAGUAAUUAGUACUCUUCGAUUAGUGGUCAUGUUAAUGGAUGACGCAAUAGAAGGAGAAGAAGACACCCGAUACACUAGAACGUGGUUCACUGCGUCGAUGAUGACAGCCCUCGUUUGGGGCGUCGGCGGCAUCCUCAAUAGUGACUCUCGAAAUAAAUUCGACGAAAUAGUAAAAGAAUACUUUAGAGGUGACAAUGGUUUUCCAGGAGAAAUAGAUAGAAUUGAUGUAUCUAUACCCACUGAAGGGAUGAUUUUUGAACACUAUUACAUGUACAAAGGAAAAGGCUGCUGGAAGCCUUGGCCAGAAGCUGUGAAAGCAGUCCAAAUUAAGGAACAAAUCAACCUCCUGCAAACUGUAGUUCCAACUCUAGAAACAGAAAAAUAUAUGUAUAUAUUGAGGUUGCAUGUGGAGUUUUGUCAACCGCUGUUACUAAUUGGGCCAACAGGAACGGGAAAAAGUUUUUAUAUUCAAAGUUAUUUGAUGAACAAAAUUGAUAUGGAGAAGUACGUACCGGGAUUUCUUACGUUUACAACUACAACCUCGUGCAAUCUCACACAAGAACUAGUUCUUUCAAAGCUAAUAAAAAGAAGAAAAAAUAACUAUGGUCCCCCUAAAGGCAAAAAAGCAGCAGUGAUUUUUAUUGACGAUAUGAAUAUGCCAGCAAAGGAAACUUAUGGCGCCCAGCCGGCUAUUGAACUACUGCGGCUAUAUUUUGAUCAAGGGCAUUGGUAUGACCUAAAGAGUACAGAGAAAUUAUAUAUUUGGGACACAUUCUUCGUCGGCGCUAUAGGCCCCGUUGGUGGCAGUCGCCAGUUAAUAUACCCAAGAAUGUUACGGCAUUACAACAUUUAUUCAAUAAACGAAUUUUCCAAGGAAAGUAUGACUAAGAUAUUUACAACUCUUUUGCAACUUGGAUGGAGAAGAAACGGCUUUGGCCAAGACGCCCAGCCUUUUAUAGUUAACAUAAUAACUUCUACUAUGGAAAUAUACGGCCAAGCAAUCGAAGGCUUAAGGCCGACCCCUGCAAAAUCGCAUUAUAUAUUCAAUUUAAGAGAUUUUUCUAGAGUCAUUCAGGGCUGUGCUCUAUUAAGAAAAGAAUCUGCUGAAAAUAAAAAGACGUUUGUCAGAGUUUGGAUACAUGAAGUCAUGCGCGUAUUUUAUGAUAGACUGGUCGACGCACGUGACCGCACUUGGUUUUUUAAUAUUCUAAAGAAAAUUACUUUUGAAUAUAUGAAGAUUGCAUUUGAAACGGCGAUGGAUACUUAUCAAGUUGAAGAGACAGGCGAAGUUCCUGAAGCACAAUUAAAGAAACUAAUGUUCGGUUGUUAUUUAGAUUUAGAAAGUCUUGAAGGCGAAAGAAGGUAUGAUGAAUUGCCGUCUAAAGAGACUUUCUUAAACAUAGCGAUAGCUAUGUUAGUUGAGUACAAUGCAUUACAUAAAGCUAAAAUGAAUAUUGUAUUGUUUGAUUACGCAUUGGAGCAUUUAUCUAAAAUAUGUAGAGUGCUAUCUAUGCCAAUGGGUAACGCAUUAUUGGUGGGAGUCGGAGGUUCAGGACGUCAAUCUCUUUGUCGCCUUGCCAGCACUGUGCUAGGACAGAGUUUAUUUCAACCAGAAAUUACCAAAGCUUACAGUGUUAAAGAUUGGCAGGAUGACAUUAAAAUUGUCCUUCGUGAAUCAGGAGGCCUUAAUAAGGAUACAACUUUUCUAUUUACUGAAAGUCAAAUAAAAGAAGAGGUUUUCAUCCAAAACUUAGAUAGCUUGUUAAACUCUGGUGAAGUUCCAAAUAUGUACGGUUUGGAUGAGAAGCAAGAAAUUUUAGAAUUAUGUCGCUUAGCGGCGCAAGGAGGAAAUAGAAAUCUUGAUAUUAGUCCUUUACAAAUAUUAGCAUUCUUUGUUGGUCGUUGUAGGGCCAAGUUACACAUAUGUUUGUGCUUCAGCCCAAUAGGCAGCGCGUUUAGAUUACGUCUCAGAUUGUAUCCUUCUUUAGUUAAUUGCUGCACAAUAGAUUGGUAUGAUGACUGGCCAGAAGAUGCUUUGGAGAUGGUUGCUAAUUAUUACAUGGUCAAAGUAAAUGUACCUGAUAAGGUAAAAUCAGCUGCUGUUAUCGCUUGUAAACAGUUUCAUGUUGACUCUCGUCGUAUCUCGGAUGAUUUCUAUUCUCAAUUUGGCCGAAAAACGUACAUAACUUCUGCUUCAUAUUUAGAUCUAAUUAAAUCAUUUACGACGUUAACAAAUAGAAAGCAAAGAGAGUUGAAAGCGGCUAGACUAAGGUAUACAAAUGGUUUAGACAAAUUAAAUAUGGCCGCUGAAGCCGUUUCUAUAAUGCAACACGACUUGAACGAAUUAAAACCUCAACUGAUUAUAAUGGCCGAAAAGUCUGCUAAAAUGAUGAAGGAAAUAGAAGAAGAAACAGCAGAGGCCGACAAAGCAGCUGCCCAGGUGAGAGAAGAUCAAAAAGUUGCAAACGUUCAAGCUGCUGCCGCUCAAGAGUUAAAGAAGGAUUGUGAAGCAGAUUUAGCUCUAGCUUUACCAAUUUUGGAAGAUGCUAUUGCGGCUUUAAAUACUUUAAAACCUGCUGAUAUCACCAUUGUUAAAUCUAUGAAGAAUCCUCCUGCAACUGUUAAACUAGUAAUGGCCGCAGUCUGUGUUAUAAAGCAAGUAGCCCCUGAUAGAAUACCGGAUCCUAAUAAUCCUGGCAAAAAGAUAAUGGAUUUUUGGGGACCUAGCAAAAGAAUUUUAGGUGACAUGCAAUUUUUGGAAUCCCUAAGAAAUUUCGACAAAGAUAAUAUACCAAUUGAUGUGAUGAAAAAAAUAAGAAAGGAAUAUCUGUCACAUAAAGAUUUCAAACCGCACAUAAUUGCUAAGUCAUCAUCAGCUGCUGAAGGUUUAUGCAAGUGGAUUAUUGCUAUGGACAUGUACGAUGCUGUAGCUAAAGUUGUAGCUCCGAAAAAGGCUAAAUUAGAAGCAGCUGAAAGAGAAUUUGCGGAGACUAUGGCUAUUUUGGAAGAGAAAAAGGCUACUGUUGCACGUUUAGAAGCUAAACUUGCCGAAUUAAACGAAGCAUUGGAAGAAGCUAACAUCAAAAAGAAAGCUCUUGAAGAUGAAGUUCAGUUGUGUAUAGAUAAAUUAUAUAGAGCUGAAAAAUUGAUUGGUGGUUUGGGCGGUGAAAAAGUACGUUGGACAGCUGCUGCUGAAAAUCUACAAACUCUAUUUGACAAUUUAGCUGGAGAUAUUUUGGUGUCAUGUGGUAUAAUUGCUUAUUUAGCUCCCUAUACCCAUCCAGUCCGUGUAAAUGUUAUUGAUGACUGGCGAGAUCUUGUAAUUAAGUUAGAAAUGCCACAUUCUGAAGUAUAUGUUCUUAAAGAUAUUCUAGGUACAGAUAUAAAAAUCCAGAAUUGGUGUAUCGCUGGUUUGCCUCGAGAUUCUUUCUCUAUCGAUAAUGGUAUUAUAUUAAAUAAUUCUAUGCGAUGGUCUUUAAUGGUCGAUCCGCAAGGACAGGCUAACAAAUGGGUCAAAACCAUGGAAAAAGCUAAUGAUUUGCAAGUAUUGAAGUUCACUGAUGGCAAUUACAUGAAAGUAAUUGAAACCUGUUUAGAGUACGGUAAACCAGCUUUGAUAGAAACUGUACAAGAAGAUGUUGAAGCACCUUUGGAUCCAAUCUUGUUGAAACAAACAUACCAUCAAGGCGGUAAAGAAUUUAUAGCACUAGGAGAAAAUGUCCUAGAGUAUCAUCCUAAUUUUAGACUUUACAUGACAACUAAACUGCGAAACCCUCAUUACUUGCCUGAAAUCUUUAACAAAGUCACCUUGAUAAAUUUUGUAUUGACUAAAGAAGGCUUAGAGGAUCAAUUGUUGGGUAUAGUUGUUGCUAAAGAAAGACCUGAUCUGCAAGAAAAGCGUGAAAAGUUGAUUGUACAAGGUGCUGCCAAUAGGGCUGCCCUCAAACAAGUUGAAGAUGAUAUUUUACGUACUCUACAAGAAACGAAAGGAGAUAUAUUAGAAGACGAGACAGCAGUCGAUGUUUUGGAUAAUUCUAAAAUUUUGGCUAUUGAUAUUAUGAAGAAACAAGAAGCCAGUGUUGAAACUGAAGAAAUCAUAGAAAAGUUUAGACUGGGCUACAGGCCUAUAGCAUCGCAUUCAGCUAUACUAUACUAUUGUGUCACUGAACUACCAAAUGUAGAUCCUAUGUAUCAGUAUUCAUUAACGUGGUUCAUUUACCUCUAUAUUAUAUCUAUUGAAAAUGCUAACAAAUCAAAAGACUUGGAGAAGAGGUUAAAGUUUUUGAAAGAAACUUUUACGUAUAAUUUAUACAGCAACGUAUGUCGGUCUCUUUUUGAUAAGGAUAAACUUAUGUUCUCAUUUAUUAUGUGUUCUAAAAUGAUGCUAGCCACUGACGAAAUGGAUCAUAGCGAAUAUUUAUUUCUUAUUACUGGUGGCAUAGCUACAGAAAAUCCUUAUAAAAAUCCUACAGACUGGCUACCUGACAAAGGAUGGGAUGAAAUAUGUCGCAUAAUCGACUUACCUACUUAUAAAGAUUUCAAAGAAGAUUUUAUACCUAAUGCACGACAGUGGAAGAAAGUUUAUGACGAUAUGGAACCUCACAACGUUCCUUUGCCGGGAAAAUGGGACACUAAAUUAACAGCAUUUCAAAAGCUGCUAAUCAUCAGAUUUUUGAGACCUGACAAACUAACUAUUGCUAUAUCAGAGUUUGUGGAGAAACAAAUGGGGAAGAAAUUUAUUACUCCGCCUCCUUUCGAUAUUGGGAAGUCUUUUGGUGAUUCGAAUUGCCUUGCGCCUCUCAUUUUUAUACUAUCUCCCGGUUCUGACCCAAUGGGUGCUCUUAUAAAGUAUUGCGAAAGAAUGGGAUAUUCAAAUAAAUUUAAUUCUAUAUCCCUCGGACAAGGACAAGGACCUAUUGCAAAAGCAAUGAUUGAAAAAGCCCAAUUAGAGGGUGGUUGGGUGUGCUUGCAGAAUUGUCACUUAGCUGUGUCUUGGCUCUCAACCCUCGAGAAGACAAUUGAAGGAUUUGAUCUUACCAAUACUGACCUUAGCUUUCGCCUAUGGCUAACCAGUUACCCUUCAGAUAAAUUUCCGCAAGCUGUUCUCCAGAAUGGUGUCAAAAUGACAAAUGAGCCACCGACGGGUCUACAACAUAAUUUACAUCGAUCCUAUAUUUCCGAACCUCUGAAAGAGACUGAAUUUUACGAAGGUUGUCCAGGAAAAGACAAAACCUUUAGUAAACUUUUGUACGGCAUAAGUUUCUUUCACGCAGUAGUACAGGAGAGAAAGAAAUUUGGUCCCUUAGGAUGGAAUAUACAGUACGGCUUUAAUGAUUCUGACUUUCAUAUAUCAGUUAUGCAAUUACAAAUGUUUUUAAACCAAUAUGAAGAAAUUCAAUAUGUCGCUAUCAAAUAUUUAACAGGAGAGUGCAAUUAUGGAGGUAGAGUGACUGACGACUGGGAUCGUAGGCUAAUAGUGACAAUUUUAGACAAUUAUGUAAAUUCUGGAGUUGUGAACGAUCCGAAUUACUUGUUCUGUGAUAUAGGUCCGCAAUACGGAUUACCACGCAGGUGUGAAUAUCAGGACUAUUUAAAACAUAUCGAGACGGUUCCUGUGAACCCGCCACCGGAAGCUUUCGGAUUACAUAUGAAUGCAGGUAUAACUCGGGAUUAUAGAGUGUCUAUGGAGAUAGUUGGUUCUUUGGUCCUUGUGGAAGGUGGGGGCGGCGGAGGUGAGGGCGGUAACACGGAAGCAGUACUGAUACACAUGGCAGCAGAAAUUGUUGCAAAACUGCCCCCGUUGUAUGAUAUAGAAACAGGCAAGAAGAAAUAUCCUGUAGACUACAAUGAAUCUAUGAAUACUGUACUUAUACAGGAGAUGGAACGAUUUAACAAACUGAAUAACGAAAUCAAAAAUUCUUUGAAUGAUCUGCAAAAAGCUGUCAAAGGGUUAAUAGUAAUGUCGCCAGCAUUAGACAUGCAAUCCAAUGCCAUGUUACUGGGACAGAUCCCCCAGAACUGGCGCAAGGUAUCUUAUCCGAGUCUGAAACCUUUGCCUAGUUACGUAGCGGAUUUUGUAGAACGCUUAGAAAUGCUUCAAGAUUGGUAUGAUAAUGGGAAACCGCCGACGUUUUGGCUCUCUGGGUUCUUUUUCACUCAGGCAUUUCUUACUGGAUCUAUCCAGAACUAUGCUCGAGCUAAGAAAAUACCUAUAGAUUUACUAGUGUUCGAUUUCGAAGUCCGUCAUGUUGACUACGAAAAUGAGUCACCUGAGUGGGGCGUGUAUGUACAGGGUCUGUUUAUGGACGGCGGCCGCUGGGACCGGGAUUCGUUUGCUAUAGCAGAACAAUUCCCGAAAAUUUUAAACGAUAAUAUGCCAGCUCUAUGGCUUUAUCCAAAAAUGAAACAAGAAUUUGAAGAGGGUAGCAGAUAUAAAUGUCCUCUUUACAAAACGCUAGAAAGAAAGGGAGUCCUGGCAACUACAGGACAUUCGUCCAACUUCGUCUUAGCUUUCUAUUUACCUUCAGAUAAGCCUGCAGCACAUUGGAUUCAACGAAGUGUUGCCUUACUGCUCCAGCUUGACAAUUGAAUAUGUCGACAUUUUAUUAUUAUCUUAGGUCGGGCUACUGCACACAAAAUGUAUUCAAUUUUACGAUACGUUAUAAAUA